UACAAAAGUAUUUUACUAUCUUCUUUUCCGACUUCCCCUAUUUCAACCCGAUUCGUCGCUGAUCAGGAGGAGCUCUCACAUCGAUCACCGAACCCAUCUUUUCAGAUCAAUUCGCCGGAGAGGCCAAUAAAGAGAAGGGGUUUAAUCUAAAUGGCAGCUAUUUACAGCCUUUAUAUCAUCAAUAAAUCAGGAGGGCUUAUUUUCUACAAGGAUUAUGGUUCUGCUGGAAGAAUGGACACAAAUGAUAGUUUGAGAUUGGCUAGUCUUUGGCAUUCUAUGCACGCUAUCUCUCAGCAGUUGUCCCCAGUUAAUGGUUGCGCCGGUAUCGAACUCCUUCAAGCUGAUAACUUUGACCUCCAUUGCUUCCAAUCUCUUACUGGAACGAAAUUUUUUGUGGUUUGUGAACCUGGAAGUCUGCAUAUGGAAUCUCUGUUGAAGUAUAUCUACGAAUUAUACACUGAUUACGUCUUGAAGAAUCCUUUCUAUGAAAUGGAAAUGCCAAUACGGUGUGAGCUCUUCGACAUAAAUUUGUCACAGGCAGUUCAGAAAGAUCGGGUUGCCUUAUUUGGGAGAUGAGCUUCUCAAGCUCAUAUGCCGCAAAAUAUUGGUUGAUCUAUAAUCCGCAAAAUUUUGCGGACGGGUUCCAUUGGAACAUGGAAUGUGUGUUUCUUUGUUGUUUCGGGAUAAUGGCCUUGUAAUAUACAUUUUGAGAACAGCAAGCCCAUAUAGGAUUUGUUAUGCAAGGUUGUCAUGGCUGAUGCCCUUUAGUGUUGUUGAGUUACACGCCCUGCCUGAUCUCUCAUAGAAAUGGUAAUGGGACAGAUGUGGCAGGCAGCAUGUGUUGCCUUAAAAAGUCAAAAUGACGUUGAACAUAAGGAUAAGCGACA